AAUAAGGCGCCGCAUCCGCCUCUGUGCGGCGUAUAAAACAUCUAUGGGCGCGUUUGGAGCGUGGAAUGCUCUGGAUAGGUCUGCUGGAGCAGUGAGACGAUUCCAGAACCCGCUCAAAGCUUCUCUCCUAUCACCAGCUGAAACAUCAUAGAGACACGGAGAAAGAGCGACGGAAGAAUAAAGAAGAAGAGGGUAACGCGAGCGAGAGAGAGCGGGGAGGGGGAAGAUGGCGGCAUACGGAUAUUACUAUAGAUGGAAGAGCUUCAGCGACGAUGAGGAUCGGCCGGAGAAGCCGCGGAGGUUCGGGUUGACGGAGAUGAGGAGCCCCGACUACACCCUCAUGGGCAACCACGCCCUCCAGGAUAUAUUAGAGUCUAUGGAUCAGUUUGUUGAUGGCUUGAAGUUCUCAGGAGGGGCACACAGUUUAAUGCCAAACACCUUUAUUAAAGAAAUAACUGACCUGGCACAUAGGCACAAUGUAUACGUCAGUACAGGUGAUUGGGCAGAACAUCUACUGCGCAAAGGGCCUUCUUCUUUCAAACAAUAUGUCGAGGAAUGCAAAAACUUAGGGUUUGAUACAAUUGAGUUAAAUGCUGGAUCACUUAAACUUCCUGAAGAAGCUCUUUUGAGAUUUAUUCGCCUCGUUAAGAGUAGUGGCCUUAAAGCAAAACCUCAAUUUGCAGUUAAGUUUGACAGGUCUGAAAUCCCAGUGGCUGGUGAUAGAGCAUUUGGAGCUUAUAUAGCUCCAGUUCAUCAUAGUUUAGAAAUUGUUGAAGAUGUAGAUUUGCUAAUCAGAAGGGCUGAGAGAUGCUUGGAAGCUGGUGCUGAUAUGAUCAUGAUUGAUGCUGAUGAUUUGUGCAAGUAUGCUGAUGUUAUGAGGACAGACAUGAUUGCAAAGAUUAUAGGUCGUUUGGGACUGGAGAAAACCAUGUUCGAAUCUUCCAAUUCAAGGACCUCUGAGUGGUUCAUCAAACGAUAUGGACCAAAGGUGAAUCUAUUUGUCGACCACUCUGAUGUGAUGAAUCUGGAAUGUCUGAGAGGCCACAGUUUGGGUAAAAACAACAAAUCAGUUCUUGGGUCUUCAUAUUUCUUGAUGUAAUAUUUCUUCUUCAUUCUAUAUGUGCUGCUUGUGCUGUGUUGUCCUGCUAUACUUUAGACGUGGUCUGAAGGUUCUGUGGUUUGUCCGGCAAUGUUUGUAACCUGACACGAGCAUUUUUUAUGCUCAUUUCUUUAAUAACUUGUGAAGGUACUGAAAGGUAUGUUUCGACUCCUAUUGGUACCUUUAUAUUAUGUUUGUGGUACUCCGGGAACAUUUAUUUCAUUGGCUUCGUUAAAAUCGAGGGACUUAAGGAAGCAUUGAUGCUACACUGAAGAGACGUGUUUUGGUUCGCCAGGGUUUGGUGGCCCAGGCAUUCUCUUGGUUCUACUGCUGAUUGAUUGCUUUACGCUUUGACUCCUCAUUACAGAACAUCAAUGAAUAGGUUCCUGUAAUAUAGAUCAAAAGCUCAAUUAUUAAAUUUAUGAUGACAUUUCAUCUGAAGUGAGCAGCAUGGUUUUGAUAUCUA